AUGGCCGUACCUCGGGAUGUGCAGAUCUUCCUUGCGGGCUAUCCGGGUGCCCCUAAUGACACCGAUAAGAAGGCCAACCUCGACUUCUACCGAAAUGAGAGGCCGAUGAUGCCUGAGGGGUUGACGUAUGAUGCGUUCAUGCGGCGGUAUAGUCGGGAUUACGAGGAACUGGAAGCGAAUCAUGGCUACAUACAAUGGCUCUUCCCCAUUCCGGAACAAGGGGUUAAUUACCGAGCUCAGCCUUUACAGCAGCACGAGCUGCAGGCGAUGAUAGCAGACGAGAGUGUCAUUGAUCGGCUACUCAGAUCAUACAGCAUGAUGAUGGCUUUCUAUGGUAUCAAGGUGGAUAGGGCGAACCAGAACCGGUUGUCAUUAGCAGAUGACCACAAGGCAAGGCUCCGUAAUCUCACCCACGCACCACACAACCUCCUCCGCCUCACUCGAAUCCUCAAGCUCCUCGCCCUCUUCCCUCCACUCUCAUCCCUCGCCGCACCGCACGUCCUCUUCUUCACGGCUCUACACUCGGAGGGACACCUCGACCUCAGCCCAAGCAUAAUGCACGGCCAGAGUCUCGAACGGUGGUGGGUCAACUGUCUGAAAGAUGAGGGAGAGCGAGAGGUGGUGAGGGAGAUUGUGGAGAAGCGGGGUGGGAAGGGAGAGGUGAAGUGGGGGAUGAAGGAGUGGGAAGGGUGGUUUGAGGCCAGACAGGCACAGGCGGGAGAGGCUUGA